CCGUUAUUUCCUGCAGCACCAACCUCUCCGCUACUCGCUCCUGCCUGCGACAGCACAGCAGUGGUGUGGUCGCUCUGAACGCACAUUAACGGAAAGAAGAAAAACACUAAGUGAAGGCCUCUACCACACCGAAAACUGUUGCAGUCACAGCGACGACGGAUAUAAAAACACAUUUAUUUGUUUUCUAAUCUUAGUUGCUGUUUUUUUUUAUUUGAUAGCCUUGUAAAAAAAGAAAAAAGCCAGAGCUCAUAAUGGCGACAGCUGCGGUGUCUGCCCCUGCUGGCUGCGGCCCCAGCCCCGGGUCGGGAACGGAGCUGGUCCGCGGGCAGGCCUUCGACGUCGGCCCUCGGUACAGCAACCUCUCCUACAUCGGGGAGGGAGCCUACGGCAUGGUGUGCUCUGCCUAUGACCGGGACAACAAGAUACGUGUGGCCAUUAAGAAGAUAAGCCCUUUUGAGCACCAGACGUACUGCCAACGCACCCUGAGAGAGAUCAAAAUCCUGCUGCGCUUCAAACAUGAAAACAUCAUCGGCAUCAACGACAUCAUCCGCACACCAACCAUUGACCAGAUGAAGGACGUAUAUAUUGUCCAGGAUCUCAUGGAGACAGACCUGUACAAGCUCCUGAAGACUCAACACCUGAGCAACGACCACAUCUGCUACUUCCUCUACCAGAUCUUACGAGGGCUGAAGUACAUCCACUCUGCCAACGUCCUGCAUCGCGACCUGAAGCCCUCCAACCUUCUGCUUAACACUACCUGUGAUCUCAAGAUCUGUGAUUUUGGUUUGGCUCGUGUGGCUGAUCCUGACCAUGAUCACACUGGUUUCCUUACAGAGUAUGUAGCCACCCGUUGGUACAGAGCACCUGAGAUCAUGCUCAACUCCAAGGGCUAUACCAAGUCCAUAGACAUCUGGUCAGUGGGUUGCAUCCUGGCCGAGAUGUUGUCCAACAGGCCAAUCUUUCCUGGGAAGCACUACUUGGAUCAGCUAAACCACAUUUUGGGGAUCCUGGGUUCUCCCUCUCAGGAGGAUCUCAACUGCAUCAUCAACAUUAAGGCCAGGAACUAUCUUUUGUCGCUGCCUUUGCGCUGCAAAGUGCCGUGGAACCGCCUCUUCCCCAACGCUGAUCCCAAAGCUUUGGACCUGUUGGACAAGAUGUUGACCUUUAAUCCUCACAAGAGGAUUGAGGUGGAGGAGGCCCUGGCGCACCCUUACCUGGAGCAGUAUUACGACCCCACGGAUGAGCCUGUUGCCGAGGCCCCAUUCAAGUUUGACAUGGAGCUGGAUGACUUACCCAAAGAGACACUGAAGGAGCUCAUCUUUGAAGAAACUGCACGUUUCCAGUCCGGCUUAAGGUCCUAACAUCUCACACAGAUGUUUCUGUGGACGGGCUUCUGCGUUGCCACUGCUUCUCCUCGCCUCCACACUGUUGCUGUGAUAUUUUUUUUAUUUUUUUUAUUUUACUAUCCUGUUGUCCACAUCACCUGGAUUCCUUGGGUCUCACUCGUCAAGUCCAAUUUGCUCAGGAAUGGCGUCAGGAAUCAAUCAAUCAAUCAACCAACCAUUCUCUUGUCUCCCUUUCUAUUUCUCCUCUCUCUCUCUCUCUCUCUCUCUCUCUCUCUCUCUCUCUCUCGCUCUCUGAGGUGGGGGGGUUUCAACAUCACAGCUUACAGUUUGGGGGUGAAUUUGUGUUUUAAGCCAAGAUAAACAAUUUGUUUGUGUGUCUCAAAGGCAUUCAGCUAUGGCUAUUCCAAUUCAAGACCUUUUCAUGUCCAGUUGAAUGACCGUGAUAGACUAGCUGUUGUGUUUUUUGGUGCAACUGUCGUGGUUAUAACUCUGCCUACAUUGCAAAAACAAGCAACGGUAGAUUACUAAGAAUCAUCCAUCAUAAAAAAGGGGGGUCUUCUGAAUUUUCUAACCUUUGUCGCACUGUUACAAGGGGUACCUUGAUCUCUAUCUUUAUCUUUUUUUCUCUCUUUAUCGCUUUGAAAAAAGAAACUGAAUUAAAAGAACUGAUUUAUGCAAUGAAAUCACAUAAU